GCCUCAAAACUUACUUCCGAAGUAGUCUAAAAAAUAAUGUCUCAAUUCAGUUUUGUUGUUUCUUGUUUUUCCAACUUCCAUUUUGUUAGGGUUAGGGUUUUUAUCAGGGUUGUGUAUAUCUCUCUGCAAGCAAGCUUCAAUGGCAGCAACUGAGGACGAUAGUGUUAUCGUUGAAUUGGACGAGGAAGUUGAAGGAGACCACCGAGGCUCAGAUGACUACUGCUUCGUUGGAAUCGGAGAACCUGUCCCAGUUUCAGGGUAUGAUCCUGAAUUCGAUCCCGAGAGCCCUCCAUCGCAGCCUCUCGCUGUCUCUGAACGAUUUGGAGGCCUCAUAUUCGUUGCCCAUUCCACCGGGUUUUGUGUUACAAGGACCAAGGAUGUUAUAGAAUCUGCCAAGGAGAUUGAGGAGAAAGGGAUUGGUUUGUCAAUACAAGAGCUGGGUGUUGUGGAUGUCCCCAUUGGGAAGGUGUACAUAUUAGCUUUGUCGGCCAACUCUUCCACUCUUGCUGCCUCUAUUGGUGGCGACAUUCAUUUCUUCUCUGUCAGCUCUCUCCUCGAUAAGGAACAAAAUCCAUCUUUCUCUUGCUCACUCAACGACUCAAGUUGUGUCAAGGACAUGCGAUGGACUAAAAAGUUGGAAAAUUUCUAUGUUGUUCUUUCAAAUCAUGGGAAGUUAUACUAUGGAGCUUCACAAGACCCUCUUAAAUAUGUUAUGGACAAUGUUGAUGCAGUUGAAUGGAGUGUGAAGGGAGAUUUUGUUGCUGUGACAAGAAAGAAUAUUCUCAGCAUCCUGUCGUCAAAAUUCAAGCAAAAGUUCAGUAUGGCAUUAUCAUUCAAGUCAUGGGUUGGUGAUUCUGAUUUGAAUUGCACCAUAAAAGUGGAUUCUAUCAGGUGGGUUCGUCCAGAUUGUAUAAUUCUGGGAUGCUUUCUACUAACUGCAGAUGGUAAGGAGGAAAAUUACUUGGUUCAAGUCAUCACGAGCAAAGAUGGAAAAGUCAUUGAUGCUUCUUCCAAACCAAUUGUGCUAUCCUUUGGUGAUGUGUUCGAAGGUAUAAUUGAUGACAUUGUGCCCUUUGGAACUGGACCAUAUAUGUCCUUGAGCUAUUUGGAUAGCUGUUGUAGGAAGUGUUUUAAUUGGUUAAAUAGCACUUUAUUUAGUUCAGAAGGCCUGGAUGCUAUGGACUAUGGUCAUGUGCAUGGAACAAGUAUUGAUACUAUAAGGACUAUGACUCUUGAAAACACUGGACGAACUUUGGUGGGGGCACAACUUAAAAAAGGAUUGGAUAGAAGGCUAUGUAGGAUUUGUGACUUUUUGCUCUUCUUGUAUGUGGGCUUAGAAGACAGUUUUACGGAUCAGCACAUUGUAUUGUUUGGUUGGUCACUAGAUGAUGAUAAGAAGGAAGCCGCGGUUAUUGAUAUUCUGAGAGACACCCUGUGUCCAAAGAUUGCCCUUCAAGAAAAUGGUGAUGAUAAUAUAGUCCUGGGGCUCUGCUUGGACAAGAUUUCUUACAAUGAAAAAGUUGAAGUCAAGCUUGGAGCUGAAUAUAAGGAACUUUCACCUUUUUGUGUUCUUUUGUGUCUCUCUUUUGACGGAAGGCUUUCAAUGUUCCAAGUUGCCAGUGCCUCAGGAGCUUCAGUUCCAUCUGAUGUUGUGUCUCUGCCUUCUAAUGAGGAUGAUGAUACUCCUACACUGGCAUCCAUGGAAGAUGGUUUGUCCAAAGCUUCGUCUGGUCUCACAGUAAAAAGUUUACAGCAAGUUGGUCUGGAUUUCCAAUCUCAGGAAAUAAACAAGAAGGAACUUCCUGCGAAAAAUGAGCCAGUGCUUCCUGCAGUGAAAAACUUUCCGAUGACCACCCCCUUUGCAGAUGAAACAUCCCCUCAGGAAACUAUUACCGGAAAAAUUGUUAAUUCGCAGACACUUAAAACCAAUGAGCAGCAGAAGCUUCCUGUCACUAAGCUGAACAAAGAUACAGAUGGCCAACAAUCACUGAUUUCCGGGCAGCAAGGCACAGGUUUAGGACAGUCAUCUCUGAACACUUCUUACUUAGAGCAGCAUGGACCUGUAGUUAGAGAUUUCAGCAAGACAGAAACUCAAAAACUUCAUGAAGGUGGAUACAGUCCUGAUUCUUUUUCAGGCAAAUGUUUAACAAAUGUGUCCAGCCAGGCAAUUCCUGUAUCAGAAAGUGUUGCUUUAGGUAAAUUACCAGGAAAGCUUGGAUCUGCUAGCUCAAAGGGUGCUUUAUCAGAAUCCUCAUCAAAUGAAAAACUCAUUUUUCCAAUGACUUCUGGAGGUUCCUCACUUUUAUCUUCUAGUAAAUCUGGUAUGAGUUUGAGUGGUGCACAUUUGCCUGAAGGAUCAUUCGGAAACUUUUCCGGUGCAAAAGAAGCUUUUGGCUUAUCAAUUCCAUUCUAUUCUUCUGGAAAAACAGGGGCAGGGAUUACUGAACCAUUGCCUUCCACCCGUAGCGCAUCAUUGCCAUCUCAACAAAGUUUUAUGUCGGGGAAGUCUUCCAAAGAUAAGUUACAUCCUAUCAAAGAGAAUUACAGAACUGUGUCCACAACAAGGCUGAUGAAUUCUGAGCCUCAACUAUCAAAACAAUUUGGGAAUGUUGAAGAAAUGAUAAAGGAACUUGAAACCCUUUUGGAAUGUAUAAAAGGAGCAGGUGGUUUCAGGGAUGCCUGUAUUGUCCAGAAUAGCUCAGUUCUAGCGCUAGAGGAAGGCACAAGGACCCUGUUUGACAGAUGCAGACUGUGGAAGAGCAUAAUGGAUGAGCAGCAGGGGGAAAUCCAACUUCUUCUUGACAACACUGUGCAAGUUUUGGCGAGGAAAAUCUAUAUGGAAGGCAUUGUUAAACAAGCUACUGAUGGGCAAUAUUGGGAUCUUUGGAAUCACCAGAAGUUGAGUUCUGAACUAGAGCUGAAGCGGCGAUGCAUAUUAAAAGUUAAUCAGGAACUGACCAAUCAACUGAUUGAAUUGGAAAGGCAUUUGAAUACUCUCGAGCUUAAUAAAUUUGGAGAAAAUGAUGGAGUUUUAAUGAGUCAAAGAACUUUUCCUAGUAGAUAUGCAUCUUCAAGAAAUGUCCAGUCCUUGCAUAGUUUACAUAACGCAAUGAGUUCACAAUUAGCAGCUGCAGAGCAACUUUCUGAAUGUCUCUCAAAACAGAUGGCUGUGUUGAGUAUAGAGGCACCUUCUGUCAAAAAACCGAAUGUGAGAAGAGAGUUGUUCGACGCAAUUGGGAUCCCUUAUAACAGUGCCUCUUUCAGUUCUCCAGAUGAAAAUAAAACUAGUGACACCCCAUCAGGAAAUAAGCUCUUAAUAUCUUCGUGCUCGAAUGCUGUUAAAAGUCAGUCCAGGAGAAACCAGUCAAGUGCUAUGAGGAGUUUUGAAUCAGAGCAUGCAAGGAGGAGGCGCGAUUCACUGGACCGGAGUUGGGCUAGUUUUGAACCUCCAAAAACAACUGUCAAAAGAACGCUUUUGCAUGAAGAUCGGCAGAAGGCAAGCGCAGACAGAUCAUCUUUGUUGAUGGAUAAGAAACAUGCCAAGUCCCACAUGCUGGAGGGAUUGUCAGUUGCUCACCCCGAGCAUCGUUCCACCACUUCAACCCUCUUAUUUCCAUCUGAGAAAGGCAUUCGGGACAGAAUAUCUGCAUUCUCAUCACAGUCUGCAUCCAUAUCUUCAACUGUUGGCUUUCAAAAUUAUGCAAAGGAAAGUUUCAAUCUGACUGGCAACAGAUCAAGCAGUGGGGUAACUAUUAUUGAGAAGUCUGAUUCCCUUUCAGUUAAUGAGUCCAAGUUGUCCAAAAUUGAUCUACAAACACCAUCAAUGUCCAAGAGGAUACCUGGGCGGACACUUACUUUUCCAAAGAAACCCAAUGAAAUGUCAAAUUCAAAUGAUAAAGAAACUAAUUUUGUGGAAUCUACAAUUGGAAGUGUGAAGCAUAGGCCUAGCAACAUUGAAAGCUCGUUUUUUGAAUCUGGGAAAGGGUUUGAAUCUCCAUUUUCUCCUGCAUCAGUUGUCAAUCCAGCUCCCAGCUCGCAUGCAGAAGUAAUCCAAUCUGACACUGCAGCAAGCAAAAGCCAUUCUGGUAGAAUAGCAUCAUCUUCUUCUACAUCCUUGUUCUCAACUUUGAAUCCAUCAUCAUCUCCCCUGAUCCAUUCGUCAUUCUCAUCUUCUUUGUCUAAUCCAAUUGCACCAAGUUCAUCAUCGGCAAUCUCAAUAGGCAGAUCAUCCCAAACUAGUUUUAAAGUCAGUAAUGCUAGUCAGACAGCCUCGCUUUCCCAAUCAUCAGUCUCUUCCUAUCCAACUCUUUCUUCUGGUUCCUCUUUUCAGGUUCCUGAAAACCCAUUGUCCUCACCUAUUCCCAUUCCUUCCAUGAACUUAAAAACCGAGUCUACCAAGAAAGAGCCACAGCCCACUAUACCUAAGCUUAGUUCUAAAACAGAUGAGAAUUCUACAAUUCAAGCUUCCAUUUCAACGCCUGAGCCUGCAUUAACUUUGAAGCUUGAGUCUUCAGUACCAUCCGUGCCUACAAGUGAACCUUCGGCCAAUUUGCAAUUUGGGAGUAACCUGAGUUUUAAUGGCAUGGAAGCUCCUGCGUCAAAUGCAGCAUUCAACUCUAAACCCGAACAGCCAUUUGGUGGAAAAGGUGAGAGUUUAGAUGUUGCGAUCACACAGGAGGAUGAGAUGGAGGAGGCACCUCCCGAGACAAGUGAAACAACUGAACUCACUUUAGGAAGCCUAGGUGGUUUUGGGAUUGGAUCAGCCCCAAAUCAAACAGCUGUCAAGCCAAAUCCCUUUGGCUUGACAUUUGUUAGUCCAGCUCCAACUCAAGCUAGCUCUCCAUUUGCUGCGACAGUUCCUACAGGAGAGCUGUUUCGACCAGCAUCUUUCAGCUUUCAAUCUCCACAGCUUUCCCAACCCUCUCAGCUAACAAAUUUUGGUGCAUUCUCUGGUGGUUUUAGCACAGGAACCACCCCUCAAAUUCCUGCAGGAAGUGGAUUUGGCUGGCCAUCACAGAUUGGCUCGGGGCAACAAGCUUUAGGAUCAGUUCUUGGUGCUUUUGGACAGUCAAGACAGCUUGGUGUUGUUCCAACUGGUAUAACUGCCACUACUGCUAGUGGUUUCGGUGGUGGUUUGGUCAGCUCUCAUUCCACUGGUGGGUUUGCUGGUGUUGCUUUUGGUGGUGGUGGGUUUGCUGGUGUUGCUUCAGCUGGUGGUGGGUUUGGUGCUGCUGCCUCUGCUGGUGGUGGGUUUGGUGGUGUUGCCUCAGCUGGUGGUGGGUUUGCAGGAGCUGCUUCUGGCGGUGGAUUCCCCAGUUCAGCUGGUGGUGGGUUCGCAGGAGCUGCUUCUGGUGGUGGGUUUGCAGGAGCUGCUUCUGGCGGUGGAUUCCCCAGUUCAGGCGGUGGAUUUGGAGCCUUCAACGGUCAACAAGGAGGUGGUGGCUUCUCUGCAUUUGGUAACACUGAAGCUGGAACUGGAAGACCCCCGUCUGCACUUUUCACACAGAUGAGAAAAUAGAAAAUAGUCUUUAAAAAAGUUUUUUCAGUUCGAGGUAAAAUCAGUAACUUUGAAUGCAUUAUUUUAGGUUAUUCCUUGGAAUGAAAGACAAUUCCAAAACUGCUUUGUCUAUGAAAAAGGAAGCUUUUUGAGUAUAAUGCAACUAUGAAUGGAGUUAAUUGAUAAUUUGGUUUUUAGAGAAAUAUUUUUGUGAAAUGUGAGAACCCAAUAGUUGUUUUACUAUUUGAACUUAGACAAUCAGGCUCCCCAGUUGUAUAUGAUUUCAUUGUUAGUAUAUAAUUGUAUGGUUAGGAGUAGUAGAUUUCAAAACUAGACAUGAAAUUUACAUUUUUGAAGAUCAUACAUGCUGACUUAUUCAUGAUC